AUGGCUGGUGAGGCAGUGUCACCAACUGACUCGAGCGAGAGAGUGAGCGAGGAGAGCUCUUCGCCAUCAGUACCAGAAGUGGACGACUCAGUGACGCCCGACUCCAUCGGAGGUCUAGAUGGGAUUGGUAAACAAGUAUCGCAGUGGGAGUUGGAGAUGGAGGCUGAGAGGGAGGUGGAGGAAGCUCUAGAGAAGCAGAAGAAGAAGGAGCGUGGUAUACGAGGAAAGAAGUCUUCAUCGAGCUCCGACUCGAAGCUUCGAAAUCUGCGCUCGAAGUUUGGUCUGGAGCCCAGCCCGGCAGCUACCCCGAGUGAGGAGGACUCUCCCGGUAGUAGUAGCAGCGGAUCGGACCUCGAAAUUGAGGAUGUCGCCGAGUCCAAGCCGGUGAAAAAGGAGCUCUUCCACGGUAUUCCUAGCGCGGCUGAGAAUAUCCCUGCGGCCACAUCAUCGUCAUCGGAUACUCCGCAUCGCGUAUUGCUCACUGGCCGCUCGUUGGUCCCAGGGCUGGGCGGCGUCAACCGCAAGCGACUGAAGGGGUCCUCGACGGGCUCUCUUUCCCCAUCUAAGAGGCGCCGAAAGGCCCUAUCGAGGAGACAGAAAGGAACGCUGCAGCUGGGAUUGCAUGGUGGAGAGGAUACUGUUGAAAUUAAGGAUGGAGGCGAAAAACGUGCCGUUGUCUCUCCCGCUGAUCGGCGGUGGCCUCAGUUCGAGUGUCCCUUCGCGAUUUGGGAUAAGCUGUUCCCUUUUCAGAAAGAGGGAGUGAAGUUCCUGUGGAAUCGGUGGAGAGAGGGGUCGGGCGCCUUGCUGGCCGACGAGAUGGGACUGGGCAAGACGAUACAAACUACAGCGUUCCUCAUUAGUCUCCAUGUUUCGGGUAUUUUGAGAUCGACGCUGGCCCGAAGUACGCAUGCGGGAGUAGGAGGCGACACGAGUUGUGGUGGUGUCUUGAUCAUCUGCCCAGCAACACUCGUCCAACAGUGGGAACAGGAGAUCCUCUCUUGGGGAGGAGUUGACUGUGGUCUACGCAUAACGGGCUGGACGAGCGGAUCGACAGUCGAAGAGAAGAGAGAGGCCGCUGAGGAGAUGAGUGAAUGUAGUGGGAUUCUUGUGGUUUCUUUUGAAGCCUAUCGCCGAUACUGUGGAGAUAUCCUCUUUGAAUAUGUCUGGAGUGUCUGUGUGCUCGACGAAGCGCAGAAGAUUCGGAACCCUGACAGUGGCAUCACUCAGCGAGUGAAAAGGAUGAACACUCCCCAUCGUAUUGCACUGAGUGGAUCACCGAUACAGAACUCCCUACGAGAGUUGUGGUCGAUCUGUGACUUUGUCGCGCCUGGGAGGCUGGGUUCCCUCCCAACCUUUGAAGAGGAGUUGGCCACCCCAAUUGAGAGGGGCACUCGGCCCAAUGCGAGCCCAACAGCUACGACUGCAGCCUAUCGAUGUGCCGUGGUUGUCAGGGACCUUACCAUGCCCCUCAUUCUUAGGCGGCUCAAAGCCGACGUGCAGGACAUCCUCGCCUUACCGCGGAAGAGUGAGCAGGUGUUAUUCUGCCACCUAGCUCCAGAGCAAUUCGAGGUGUACUGUGAGGUCCUCAGUAAUGUGCGUUGCACCACGGGCUCCUCCAUCCAACGCCGCUACGGUCACAGCCGGAAUGAGCGAGGCAAAACCACCCUUCCUCCGGAGUCGCUGUUCUACCUUGGUAUUCUUCGGAGGAUAUGUAACCAUCCAGACAUGCUACUCUAUCCUGGUGUGCAAGCUGAUGGGGGUUAUGGCUCCGAACAACGCAGCGGGAAAUUGUCUGUAUUACUCAAGAUACUGGAUAAGUGGGUCCCGCAGGGUCAUCGAGUUUUGAUAUUCUCCCAAACACUGGGUAUGCUCGAUAUACUGGAGCGGAAGGUGGACGAGAAAGGAUGGACCUGUUCGCGAAUGGAUGGUUCGACUCCUGUAAAGGAUAGGGCUCAUAUCGUGGAUGACUUCAAUUCGCCAGAAGGACCCCAGCUGAUGCUAUUGAGUACGCGUGUUGGAGGCGUUGGGCUCAACUUGACAGGAGCAGACCGGAUAGUCAUUUUCGAUCCUGAUUGGAAUCCAAUGACUGAUGCCCAGGCUCGAGAGAGGGCUUGGAGGAUUGGACAGAAGAAUGAAGUCCUCAUCUACAGGCUCAUUGCGAUGGGUACAGUAGAGGAAUCAAUGUAUAAGAAACAGAUCUUCAAACAUUACCUAUCGCAGAAGAUCCUCUCGGACCCUAGGCAAAGACGUAAGUUUCUUAUCGAUUCUGUCGAGCGGCAAUUUCCGCUGGACAGCGAUGAUCAAUCAGGUGCCGAGUACUGGAGUGGGCUGGAGGAGCUGUUCAGGACCCCUCCGGAGCCACCUGGGUACGUCUUAACUCGGGAGCAAUCGUACUCUGUGAAGGGCUCGCCGACCCCAACGCCUUCGCCGUCCGAGGAAGGUGACACUUCCGAGGAGCCAGCAUCGAACGAAGAUAGCGGACCUUCCUUGGAGGCUCAGCAGCUCAUAGGGUGUAUAUGGGAUCAGGAUCAGAUCGAAGAGCCUCAGUUGGAUAGGUCACAGGUAAACGAAGCUCAAGCUACCAGGAUUGCGGAUCAGGCAUUAGCUGCUAUCCGGAGGAGUCAGGAUGAGGUUUCUAAUUACCCAUCUCAUGUGCCGACAUGGACGGGUAAGACCGGACAAGCAGGGGCCAUGGCUCAGAGUAUGUCACUACUUGCCGAUGUGACGGCUGAGGAAGAACCCGAGCAGCGCGGUGAAGCCAUGAUGCCAGGAGCGGCGAAGUCAUCCGUCUCAUCGACUAUAGAGUCUCGUAUCAUGGAUCAUCUCGUCCGAUUUCUCUCCUCUCGGUCGUACUAUGCAUCUUCUACUAGCGAGCUACUCGACGCCAUGGAUCGAUACGUGCCUGCAACUCACCGCAAGCUGUUCCGACACAUCUUACAAGAAAUGUGUUGCUUCCAGCGCUCGGACCGAGGGCAAGGCAUUUGGUCACUGCGAGAAGAAUAUCAGCCGGUUGAUAAGAAAGGCUCUUGACAUCGUCACUGUCAUACUAGUAAUUCAUGAUUUGAAUAAUUUGUAUAUUGUGAGGUACAAUAGAUCACAUACCACAGUAAGGCUCUUAAGUUCUAUAUGAACGCAGUUAGUUGUAUCGGGCGGUUUCCGAGUGGAACAUUGGAGUGGACGAGAGGACGCCUAUCCCAAGCUCAAGUC